AUGUGGUCGACCGCCGCUUCUUGGAUGGCACUGAUUGCCCUGACUGCAGCCCUUACCAAAUACUACAAUCCUGACCUGUUCAACAAGUUCACUGGAAACCUCCUUGUCAGAUCAGACCCCCCAGCAGAAACACAGAAACCCAACGCCCAACAAAAGAAGGCAAAGCGGACACAUGCCAGUCGUGUCGAACCCGGCAACAGUGGCGCCUCCACUCCAACAAGUGCUACAGAAGGCCAAGCUAACAAGAGGAGGAAACUGGUGUCCGCGCCAGUUGGAAACACCGUGAUUGCCGAAACAGUUGACGCUCAACAAGUCAACUUGCCGCGUGAUGAGGAUGGUGGGAUGAGUAACAAGGAGUUCGCCCAACAACUCGCCAAAGCCCAAGCGGGCACCAAGCUGGAACCCUCCAAAAGCCAGCCGACGAGCAAGAAGGAGAGACGUGCUGCAAAGAAAGCAGUACAAGCAAACCAAAAUGGGCAGGAGGCAUCUGGCCUUUCCACAGAGAAUUCAUCUAGCACCGGACGGGACGCGGACGAUGAUUUAUCCCCUGUGGGAUCGCCAGCUACUGGCCCUGUAUCCACCGCGCCGACUUCGCGUGCUGGUGAUGUGUCGGAUAUGUUGGAGGCCCCUACUGCCAAACCAACCACAUUAAGAUUGACAGAUGUCAAGGACGCUUCUCGGACUACCUCCAAGUCAUCAUCCACGGCCUUUGAGCCCGUGUUGUCAAAGAAACAGAGACAACGACAAGCCAAACAAGCGGAGCAGAGGGCAUUGAGAGAAGAAUCUGAUCGCGUCCAUGAAGCCAAGAAACAGGCACAGCUUCGGACUGCCAGAUUGGCGGAAGGUACCUCAAAUCAAACCAAAGCAAAUUCAUUUACUGCGAAACAGAACGCGUGGCAAGGAGGGAAACCCCCUCCGGAAAAAUCAUUGAGGAAUGGUUCAAACCCAGAAGCAGCUCAACUUUUGGACACUUUUGGGAAAGAGGAAACACCUAGGAUCAAAGUCAACGGCAUGGUCAACUCAGAACCCCAAUCAGAGAACCCCAAUCCGGUUCCUGAUUCAUCCAAUGUCAAUGCAGUUCGACAAGAAGUCAGAGAACAUACAAUGAAUGCUCUCGCGGCGUCUAGCCGGGAGAAAUUUGGUCGAUCAGUGUUGGAGACUCGACCCAGUUGGGCGGAUGAAGUGAACGAAGAGGAGCAAGACAAAUGGGCGACUGAACUCGCAAACGAAGAAAAGUGGGAAGCGGUGACGAGAAAGAAAGAAAAGAAGAAAGCUAAGAAGGAUAACGACACCAGCAGCGAGGCAAGCUCCUCAUUGGCACGACCAACAACCACAAACAAGCCAGUGACGAAUGGCAGUAGAGAGAAUGCGAUGAGGCCACGAAUGGAGAAUCUGAAUCGAUUUCAAUCUAUUGAGCCAGCCAUCGACCCAACUUUUCAAGAUGCGGAAUGGGAGGCUUAA